CAAGGAUCAUUUUCUAAACGAAGUUAGGUAUUCUAAUUUAAAAAAUAUCGAUAAAGCAGAUAAUAUCAAAUUGAAUUUCAAAACUUGAAUUUUAAUCCAACACUACAAACGACUUAAAUAAACAUGUGAAAUCAUACAUAACAAGCACCUACACAAUCUCUUUUAAGUGAGUUCGACGUUUUAACAUGAAUAAUCCGUGGAAGCUGAACCUGAUGUUUUUCAUUUUAUUUAUACAUGAAGAAAUUACCGCAGCUCAGUCAUCGAACAAUAAUUCCACAAAAUACGAUCUUACUAAUGUUUUAAACGAUGCGAUACUAAGACUAUUCAAAGGUACUGAUUUGUUUGAAAAAUUGGAACCCGAAAUAAUCCUGAAAAACUCAAAACAUCUAGACGCUGUUUACAAAAUUAAAAAUACUGAAAAACUGCAACCAUUUGGAGAUUCAAUCGACUUGAAGGGAUUGCAUACUACUCGAUUAGUUUACGGCUCCCAAACAGAAAAUCCGCCGGAUACGUGUACAAUUCGCUGGGAAUUUCCUGAAAAUAGAUUUCACAUGUUCUACGCAGCGCUGUACUAUUGGAUUUAUGGAUACAUCCAAGUAGAAGAAUCAUCGUCAUCAUAUCGAUAUUGGGAUGAUGACACCGUCAGCAAAUUUGAUUUGGAAUACAUCAAAUACAAGAAUUUCUCUAUUACAGCUACAAAACCACCAACAAACCCCAGCUGUAAUGAAAAUAUCGUUGUCAAUACAUCGUAUGAACAUUUGGAAAAUCCUUAUAAAGGUAUCAAACUGGAUAAACAUCGUAAAUUAUCUUACGACCAACAUCUCGAAUUGACAUACAUAAUUGGCUCGGAAUUACCAUCCAUAAUGCACCAUUUUUUCUUCAAAGUUGGCAAUUUCAACACCGUAAUGGGCGAAAUAUUCAACCUGAACCCAAAACAGCAUAUCAUUUCAGCCUGUCCCGAUUUUUUGACCAACGAACAACGCUACUAUUACCUCCUACCAGACAUUAAUUUCAUGUAUAUGGGUUUCAAAAAUAUCACCAUCAGAGGACUGUCGAAUUUCGAAUCGUACACGAACCUUAAAUCGUAUAUUUAUGCACGUUGGUGUCCCGACUACAUCUUUGUUUACACCCUACAUGUGAAGGAUGUACGAGGAAACGUGACUUUAGAACCCGCGUUUGAACAUUUACCACAUUUUCAGCUGAAUUUUUUCAUUCGUAAUCUUAAAAUAUGGUUUGUUCCAAAAAAUAAGCAAUUUUGCGUAGAGGCACACAAGUACUCCAUUGUCGAAGAUACUCCCCAGGCUCCCACAAUGAUAUCUUCGUGGUUAUCGAAAUAUUCUGCAAGUAUUAUUCAGCUUCUCCAAUCAGCAAUGACAGAUCUAAUGAUGCCAAUGGAAAAAAAUAAUUCAAUUCUAUUGUCGCCUCAACUGGCUGAAAUGGAAGCUUCGUUCGGGGAAAUUUUGAAGAAUUGUACCAUCUGACAAGACGUUCCUGAACCCUAACGAAUCAAGAAUACAAUCGUACUCGUACAUGUAGGUCUCGAAUUCCAAUGAAUUUUUGUCGGACGUGAUUUACAAACGAAUUUUUCGUGUUGAUUUCAUGUGGAUUUUUUGUAAUGAUUCAGAAUAAAGUGCUCAGUGAUAAGGUUCCUUAUUGGUCUGUUCAGUGAAAACUUCAAAUUUCGGCAUUAUGACGAGAAAUUUCAAUCACUGAAAAAACACCAAAUACAUUCUGCCAGCUUUAAGGGGGAUUGGAAGGCCAAUAAUGAUGAUUUUUCACUUCCUCUUGCCGGAAAAUAUUACGCAAGGAAUGAUUCUGAGCGAAGUUAGAUAUUCUAAUUUCAAUAAAGAUCUAUAAAACAGAUAAUAUCAAAUUGAAUUUCAAAACUUGAAUUAGAAUUCAACACUACGGACGACUUAUAAACAUGUCCAAUUAAACAUAACAAGUACGUAUUCAUCAUCCCUUUUAAGUGAGUUCGAUGUUUCAACAUGAAUAAUCCGUGGAAGCGAAUAUUUGUUAUUUUGUUUAUAUGUCAAGAAAUUAGCGCAGCUCAGUCAUCGAGCAAUAAUUCCACAAAAUACGAUCUUACUAAUGUUUUAAACGAUGCGAUAUUAAGACUAUUCAAAGGUAGUGAUUUUUUUGAAAAAUUGGAACCCGAGGUACUCAUAAAUGACGGAAAAUUUGAAUACUAUGGUUACAAAAUUGAUAAUACUGAAAAACUACAACCAUUUGGAGAUACAAUCGACUUAAAUACAAUGUAUACUCGUCGAGUAUGUUUCAGCGACUUAAUGAUGACAAAUCCGCCAAAUACGAGUACAAUUCGCUGGGACUUUCGAGAAAAUAGAUUUCGCAUGUUCUAUGCUGAGCUGUAUUAUCGGAUAACAGGACAAGUCCAAGUAGAGGAAUCAUCAUCACCAUAUCGAUACAAAGAUGACGACGAUGGCAGCGCCAGCAAAUUUGAGUUAGAUUACAACAAAUACCAGAAUUUCUCGAUUACAGCUACAAAACUGCUAGUAAACCCAAGUUUUAAUGAAAAUAUCAUCAUCAAUAUAUCGUAUGAUCACUUGGGAAAUCCUAAAGGUAUCAAACUGGAUAAACAUCGUAAAUUAUCUUACGAACAGCACCUCAAAUUGAUAUAUAUAAUUGGCUUGGAAUUAUCGUCCAUGAUGGACAAUUUUUUCAACAAUUGUGACGAUUUCAACGCACUACUAGGCGAAAUAUUCAACCUAAACCCACAACAGCGUAUUAUUUCAGCCUAUCCCGAUUUUUUGACCAACGAACAACGCUACUAUUAUCUCGUACCAGACAUUAAUUUCAUGUAUAUGAGUUUCAAAAAUAUUACCAUUAGAGGGCUGUCGAAUUUCGAAUCGUACACGAACCUUAAAUCAUAUAAGUAUGAAUGUAUACUCUCCGACCACAUCUUUGUUUACACCCUACAUGUGAAGGACGUACGAGGAAACAUGACUUUGGAACCCGGAUUUGAACAUUUACCACAUUUUCGUCUGAAUUUUUUCAUUCGUAAUCUUAACAUAUUAUGGUUUGUUUCAAAAAAUAAGCGAUUUCGCGUCGAGGCACACAACUACUCUAUCGUCGAAGAUACUCCCCAGGCUCCCUCAUUGAUAUCUUCGUGGUUAUCGAAAUAUUCUGCAAGCAUUAUUCAGUUUCUCCAAUCAGCAAUGGCAGAUUUAAUGAUGCCAACGAAAAAAAGUAAUUCAAUUCCAUCGUCACCACAACUCGCUGAAAUGGAAGCUUCGUUCGGGGAAAUUUUGAAGAAUUGUACCAUCUGACAAGACGUUUCUGAACUCUACUGAAUCAAGAACACAUUCAUACUUGUACACGUAGGUCUAAAUAAUAUAGCAAACCAUCGAAUAGGAAAUGCACUUGAACAAGUAAAAACAAUUACUAUUCUAAUGUACACAUGCACAUAAAAUUUUAUUUGCAGAACAACCGUCCUAAGUACAGAAUUUAUAAGA